GCGCUUCCGGUGCGCGGAGCGGAAGCAGCUGCGAGAGACUCGGAGCGGCGGCAGCCGAGCGGCGGGCGACCGGGGCGGGCGAGUCGGGCCGCGACCGGGUCCGGGACGAAACCGAGGUCAUGGAGCGGCCGCUGCCAGGCUAGGGCGGGCUGGCCCCGCGGGGCCUGCGGCUAUGUCGGGUUACGCACGCCGCCCGGGUGUCACCCCGCUAUCCCGGGCCCGGAGCCUCGUCAUUCCGGACGCUCCCGCGUUCUAUGAGCGCCGGUCCUGCCUCCCCCAGCUAGACUGUGAGCACCCCCGCGGCAGGGACCCGGACCCCCACUUCUUCGGCAUUCGGCCGACGUUUAUGUGCUAUGUGCCCAGUCCCGUGCUAGCUUCCGUGGGAGACACAGAUUGUGUCUAUGGAAAGGGAAAAGGUACUAAGCAAGGUCCAUCAGGAGCCCAGGAGCCACAUUUUGGAGAUGAUAAGCUUGAAGAUCUUGAAGAGGCAAACCCAUUCUCCUUCAAAGAGUUUUUGAAAAGCAAGAAUCUCGGCCUGUCAAAAGAGGACACGACCAACAGCAGAAUCUUUGCAAAGGAGGCCACGAGGCACUCCCUGGGACUUGACCACAACUCCCCACCCUCCCAAACUGUGGGCUACGGCCUGGAAUACCCACAGCCAUUUUUCGAAGACCCAACGGGGGCUGGUGACCUCCUGGACGAGGAGGAGGAUGAAGAUGAUGGGUGGACAGGGACCUACCUGCCGGCCUCAGUAGAGCAGACCCACACCCCCAGGGUGCCCACUGGCACAUCACCCUGCAGCACAUAUGCCUCCUUCUUCUCCAACCCAUCGGAGCUGGUGGGGUCUGAUCCUCUGCCUUCAUGGACACUGAAUGACUCCAACUCCCGCAUCUCUCCAGUGGAGAGCCCCGGUACAGACUUUGCAGCCCUUGGAGAGUCUCUGGGAGACCGCCACCUCCGGACGCUGCAGAUAAGUUACGAAGCACUGAAAGAGGAAAAUUCUAAGCUCCGAAGAAAGCUGACUGAGGUUCAGAGCUUCUCUGAAACUCAAACAGAAAUGGUGAGGACACUUGAGCGGAAAUUGGAAGAAAAAAUGAUCAAGGAGGAGAGUGACUAUCACGACCUGGAGUCAGUGGUCCAGCAGGUGGAGCAGAACCUGGAGCUGAUGACUAAACGGGCUGUGAAGGCAGAAAAUCACGUCAUGAAACUGAAGCAGGAAAUAAGCUUGCUCCAGGUGCAGAUUUCCAACUUCAAGCGUGAAAAUGAAUCCCUGCGUUCAGGCCAGGGGGCCAGCCUGACGGUGGUGAAGCAGAACACAGAUGUGGCCUUACAGAACCUCCGUAUGGUCAUGAACAAUGCGCACUCCUCCAUCAAGCAGCUGGUUUCUGGAGCUGAAACGUUGAAUCUCGUCGCUGAAAUCCUUAAAUCUAUAGACAGAAUUUCUGAAAUUAAAGAGGAGGAACAGGAACCAUGAACUACUAAGAUGCUUCCAGCUCAACACUGUUUACAUCCUAAAACCACUACUUACUGGAUUUUUAAAUGCCAUUGUGUCUUUAAAUAUGCAGUCUUCAGCUGUAGUAAAAAUAUUUAUCAUGAGAUGCCAAUUUCCCAGCCUAAGCCAGUAUUAUUAGCCAGCCGAGUGAGGGGCAGCUCCCACAAGGGAGAGAGCCUGCAGUUCCUAGGUAGUCCUUAGUGAACUCUCAGCUCUUUUGCAGACUCUAAUGAUCUUUGUGUGUGUUUUUUUAAGCUAGUGAUUAUUUUUUGAUUACUUAAACAUGAAAACAGUUCUGUAGUAAGUUUUUUGCAUUGUCAUCACAAACUAAGUUCAGCCGGUUGCCCUUGGUUUGCUACAUAGAGAAACAGUGAAUGAGUGAUGACUGAAAUGAUUGUUGGGGGUGGGAGCACAGACCUUCCCUCUGCCCGUGCAGGUUCACAUCCGCCCCUUCACAUAACUCCUGUUGACAGUCAGAGAGGGGAUGCCCACAUGCUGGGUGCUACCAUCCUCCCACAGGGACCAAGGUGGAUAUGGGCAUCCAUCCGUGUGAGGUCCUGUGACCACGCUUCUUUAUGGGUCGACAGAUUAGAAAAGCUGCUUUUAGCCAGAAGAGUUCUGAUGUGUUUCAGGUGACAUUUUAUACAAUGAAGUUUAGAAUUCAGGAAUUUAGAGUCUGUGCGGAGCUUCUGGUUAUGCUAUGUCUCCCAGAUGCCAUCCUAAUUGCUUUCCCAUGUUGGGAAAGUAUAAUACACACUGUGCCUUUUUCUUUUUUUUUUUUUUUUGGCUGAUUUCCUGCCAAUGUUAAUAUUUUUAAGUAAUUUUUCCUUCCUGUUCAAAUUGACAGUUUAUUUAAUAAAUUCUGAAGUUCAUAUGCA